CGUCAAAUCGCCGCGACACAUAAAUGCUGGUAAACCGUAUACGACCUGGAAACCAACGUGACUCUCUGGAGUUGUCUGUGUUUAUUUAAUAAUUAGUUGACAGAGUGAAUAUUCUCGGGGAUAACGUAUCUCUUUUAAUCCAACAUGAGUUCGUCAAUGCCACAGAAGCGUUACUACAGACAGCGAGCCCAUUCAAACCCGAUGGCUUACCACACGUUUGAUUACCCCGUGAGUCCUGAGGAGAUGGACUGGUCCAAACUGUAUGCAGACUUCUUCCCUGGCAACCCCUCUGAGAAAGAGACCCCCCAAGUUGAGUUUGCAGACAUUGGAUGUGGAUACGGGGGUCUAUUAGUGGAGUUAUCUCCACUUUUCCCAGAUAAGCUCAUCCUGGGCUUGGAGAUCCGAGUAAAAGUGUCCGAUUAUGUUCAAGAUCGUAUUCGGUGCCUGCGUGCCUCGGAACCAGGAAGCUACCAGAACAUUGCUUGCAUUCGCAGCAAUGCGAUGAAGUACCUCCCCAACUUCUUUUCUAAAGGACAGCUCAGUAAGAUGUUCUUCCUCUUCCCUGACCCUCACUUUAAGAAGACCAAGCACAAGUGGAGGAUUAUUAGUCCCACAUUGUUGGCAGAGUAUGCCUACACGCUGAGAGUCGGGGGUUUGGUGUAUACCAUCACAGAUGUGGAGGAAGUGCACCUCUGGAUGGUGAAGCACUUCACUGAACAUCCGCUGUUUACGCGUGUCUCUGAGGAAGAACUGGUCGGUGAUGUCAUCAUAAACCGUUUGGGUACCUGUACAGAGGAGGGAAAGAAAGUGCAGAGAAGUGGAGGGAAGAAUUUUCUCGCAGUUUUCCGGAGGAUUGAGGAUUCAAACUAAGAACAAACACUUUGGACGUGCAAUGAACUGAAAUAAUGGUCUUAUGCAUUCAUCUCUUCAUGGGCGAUAAUGCUGCUCUUUGGCUCAGGAGGCUGCGGCUUGUUCCCCUCCAGCACAUAACAAGUGUUGGUGUGAUUUUAGUUUCUGGCAUUAUUUGACAAACAUAUACAUUAUUACCAAUAAUAGAUUUGUGUUUGACUUUUUUCACAUCAUUUUUAUAUUUUAUUCCUAAACUCCCAAAAGAUCUCACAAGGGGAGUAAUGAAUAAUGCAAGUGUUUUGUAUCACUUUUUUAAACUUAUUUUUUAAUGAUUUAGUUUCACGCGGUUUCUUUUGCCAAACUCCAAAGUGCUGUAACAAUUUCCUGUAAAGCUGUAAUUAGUAAAACCAAAAAUCUGUA